AUGGAGGUGUGGAUCCAGGAGCAUUCGAUAAUAUCACAUCAAGAACUUAUGUUGAGAAUGGAUGCAAUAGGAACCGGAGGACUUGGGGAUGAUGCUCUCGGAUGGCCAUGGCAAGAAUGCUCGGAAAUCAUAAUGGCGAUGUGUGCAUCUGGAGGAGCUAAUGACGUCUUCUGGUCUGAAUGUGGAGAUAAUAUUUAUGAUACGCUGAAGCAGGGAUGUGUUUCGAUUUUCGGAAGUAUGAAGUGGACAACAGCCAACUGGAAUAUUGAUGCAGUAAAGACGCUCUACGGAUAUGACUUGAGUGGAUCCAGUAACCUAAUCUUAACGCAAGGACACCUUGACCCAUGGUCUGGAGGCGGUUACAAAGUUGACCAAACCAAUACUGCCCGUGGAAUCUAUGUCAUGGAAAUUCCCGGUUCUGCACAUCAUUUAGAUUUGAGACAACCAAAUACUUGUGAUCCGAAUACAGUGGUUAAUGCUAGAUAUCAGAUCGUUCAAAUCCUGAAAUGCUGGGUUGACGUAAACUGCAACACCAUCCCAACCAUCUCUCCUCUUCCAACUCUCUCCAUUCCGAACGUCGAGUGCAAAGACAGAAUCGGAGAGUAUCCAUGGGGACAAACUGACAAGGCAGCCGCGACACAUCUGGUGGCGUUGGGAGAGGCGGCUGACGGGACAACUUCUGGCGCAGCGGUUCAGACAUCGUCAGUAGCUCCAGAUGCCAAAACUACAGCUAAUGCUCCAAUCGCCACGUCAUCUGCUGCUCCAGAAGUAAAGACACCUUCAGCGGCUCCAGAUGUCAAAACUACUGUAGUCAUUCCAAUCGCCACGUCAUCCAUCGCUCCUGCAAUCCAGACAUCCUCAGCAGCUACAGCAGUGAAGACAUCCAGUGCUGCCCCAGUCGCUACGUCAUCUUCUGCUCCAGAAGUGAAGACUUCCUCCGUUGUUCCUGACGUUCAAACAUCGUCAGCGGCUCCUAUCGCUACGUCAUCUAACGCUCCAGAUGUCCAUACAUCGUCCGUCGCUCCAAUUGCCACGUCAUCCGCUGCUCCAGUCGCUACGUCAUCUUCUGCUCCAGAAGUGAAGACUUCCUCCGUUGUUCCUGACGUUCAAACAUCGUCAGCGGCUCCUAUCGCUACGUCAUCUAAUGCUCCAGAUGUCCAUACAUCGUCCGUCGCUCCAAUUGCCACGUCAUCCGCUGCUCCAGUCGCUACGUCGUCUGCUGCUCCAGAUGUCAAAACUACUGUAGUCAUUCCAAUCGCCACGUCAUCCAUCGCUCCAGCUGUUCAUAGCUCUUCCGCAGCUCCAGCAGCUCAGACGUCUUCAGCAGCUCCAGCUCACCAGACAUCCUCUGUGGCUCCAGUUAUUCAUUCCUCCUCAUCUGCCCCAAUCGCUGGCUCCUCGUCCCUCUCUUCGGAACCCCAAUCCUCCACAGCAAGUAUUCCUUCAAACUCGACAUCUUCAGAAUCCACCCCUUCUUCUAUUCUUCCUCCUAGCACCACAUCAACCCUUCCAUCCACAACUACAUCAUCCGGAUUCUCGAAUUUCUCAUUUUUCAGUACUAUUUUGGUUUUGUGCUUGAUUUUCUAG